AUGUCAAAAAUUUUAAGGGUCUGCUUCUGUCAAAAAAUAGCUCAAAUGAAGAAAACAUCAGAGAAGGAGAAGGCAGCUUUAGAUAAAGGCGAUUUUAAUCGCGCAACUUCCGAAGCAUGGAAAUUACUCAAAUUAACAUUUGAGAAAGAUGAUUUUUCUCAAAAUGAAUUAAAUGAUAUAGGAGAAAUCUUCGAAAAUAAUUACCCAGUCAAACUAAGAAUCAGAAAUGCAAAGCGCAAUAAAGAUAUUGCUGUAAAAUUCUUCGAAGAUAACAUUGAAUAUUUCAAAGAUUUUUGCUCUAAGGCUGGCUUCGAAAAGCACGAUGGAACCAUAGGAGGACCUCAAAGAGAAAAAGUUCUUGAUUAUAGAUAUCCACCUACAGUUAAUUCAUCUCCAGAUGAAUAA